GUGGUGGGCAUUGAUUUAUAUGACGUCUAACCAGAUGCCGCAUACCCCACGGAAGUAUUCCAGUUGUAUAGUGGAGCUAGAGAUGGGAGAAGAUAGAGAUAAGCUGUAGGAGAAGAGAGAAGAGAGAAGAGAGAAGAGAGAAGAGAUCAUUGAGCUCAUGGCUCCAAAGGUCGAGAUCAUAGAGUCAUGUAUGGUGGCUCCUUGUGAGGAGACACCAAAACACAGGCUACAGCUCUCUAACCUUGAUGCUUUUGCACCAAGAGAUCACAUGCCAACCUUCUUUCUAUAUAAGCCCAAUAAUGGAGAUCCCAACUUCUUUUCAGUACAAAUUCUUAAGAAGGCCUUGAGCAAGGUCUUGGUCACCUUCUAUCCUCUUGCCGGAGAGUUGGUCUUUGAUGAAGAUGGCCGGCCGGUGGUGGACUGCAACACCAAGGGCGUGCUCUUCUCCGCCGCGUCUACAAGUUGUACUCUCGAUGGCUUUGGUGAUUUCCGGCCUUCGUCAACCUUGGACCGACUUUUCAUUCCAUCUGUCACCAACCCAAAGAGAUCAUGCAUUCUGCUGUUGUUUCAGUUAACAUUCUUCAAGUGCGGUGGAGUGUGUCUGGGCUGUGCAAGCCAUCACUCAGUCAUUGAUGGUGUUACCCUUUUCAAUUUUAUCAAUACAUGGUCGGACAUUGCCCGUGGCUCGAACAUGAUCAUCUCCGCCCCUCCUUUUCUUGAUUGUACGGUGCUUCGUGCUCGAUCACCACCAAUUGUCUCGUUCGAUCACAUCGAGUACACCAACUGUAACUUUCUAGAAGACAAAUUUGGCCAAGAAUGUGAGACAACCAUACUAACAUUAUCUAAGGCCCAGCUCAACACAUUGAAACACGGUUCUCAUGGCGAACGAAAUCUCAGCACCUACAAAGCAGUAGCCGUGCAUCUAUGGAGCACAGCAUGUAAAGCGCGAGAGCUCGCCGACGGGCAGGAAACAAGGCUUUACAUGUGGGCUAAUGCUCGCAAUCGGCUGAAGCCGCCGUUAUCGAAGGGAUAUCUUGGUAACGCGGUACUUAAAAUAUCAACGCAGUUGCAAGUUGGGGAUUUGGUUUCAAAACCAUUUGAGUUUGGAAUUGCUAAGAUUGAUGAAACAAUUAAUAGUGUUAACGAUGAGUACAUACGUUCAUUAGUUGACUUGUGGGAGAAACACAAGGGUGAGAAGGAGAAAAUUAAGGGGUCUAGGUCAUACAGGACGGUUGAUUUCCUUGUAGUUAGCUGGUUGUCAUUGCCCACAUAUGAAGCUGAUUUUGGAUGGGGGAAGCCGUGGUUCAUGGGAAAGGCAUCCAUGAAAUAUGCGGGACAAGCAUACGUGAUGCGUGGUGGUCCUGGGAAUAAUGGAGGCGUCUCAAUCGCUAUUGCGCUCGAGAGUGAGAAUAUGCCACGGUUCAAAAAGAUGGUUCACAUGCCCUUGGAGGCUAAAAUUUGAGUUGGUGUUCGCUUGUUUGAUGAUAAGGUUUUUGGUGAUAAUUACUGAAUAAAGACGACUAAAUAGUUAGAGCUAUGCAUUAUCUCUCUCCCCUACCUGUAUUUCAUCUUUGUUUUUGUCUCCAUAUUUUACAAAAAAGAGAAAAUGAUGUAAAUAAAGUUGUUUGCCUUUUGUAAAUAUUAAUCAAUGUUAUUUAGUAUGGUGA